AUUGAAGUUUGCUGGGCAUCUCUCCAGCACUGCCAGACCACAUCCAGCACCCUGAGCAAGGAUGUAAGCUCCUCCGUGCCCUGGUUCAUGAUCACCCCAAUCAAAGAUGCCAACUCACUGGUCAGCUCUGGCUCAGUGCCCAGCUCCCACCCACAGGAAGGGGAAGAGGAUGAGCAGAGCUGGGUCAUGCAGCGCAGUCAUCAUAAUCAUUAUCACUGCACCAAGUUGUACCUGGACCGGUCCCUGUUGCUUUGCAUUUUCCUCUUUCCUCCCUGACUUGUAGCACUUUGGUUUCUUCAGAAAUUAGAAAAUCUUCAGCUCAUUCUGAGUUGGUAGCAGCCAACUUUGGAUGUUGGACUGUCUGCAGUUGUACCUUCUUCUUGUCUCAGCCCUUGGCAGAGAAUGUAAAUUUUUUAAGUGAUUGCGUAUUUCUUCGGUUAGGUCUGUUUCCAUGGUAGACUGUGCUCUUACAUCUGGGCUACGGGGAAGAGCAUUCAAAUGGAGAUAAUAAAGCAGCUGAUAAAUGGGAAGAGUGCAUUAAAAAAAAAAAAAAGGAACAAUUUUUAAACCUAUCAUCUGAUUUCAUCCUCCUUUUGGGUGUGCUGAUUGAUGCAAGCUAAAUAAGAUCCCUUGAUAUUGAAAACAAAUUACUUUUUCUGUGAAGUGGCUUGUCUGUGCUGGUAACCCUUUGAAAUAAGGGCUAAAGGUUAAUAGUCCAGCCAUUUAGUUUUCAAAUUUCUCUUCUGGAAUGAAUUUAAGAAGCUGCCCAAUGGGAUGGUCAGGUUUUCAAGCAUCUUAUCUUUACUGAAUUUGCAAAGAAGACUGGGUGAGCAUUUUCCAUUUUUACUGCACAGAUCUGUUCAGAAUGUCACCCUAUAAAUAGAAUUUGUAAAACCUCUCUGGAAAUAUUAUCUUAGCUUGGUAACCACUUUAAUGCAAUUUUCAGCUGAACUGUAUCAGUCUAACAGUGAACUUUUAUUCAUCUUUAGAAGUUUAAGAACAUCUAUUACUCUGCAUUUAGAGAUACAGACUCAGAGCACCUGCCAGGAAUGAGACCCUUUCUACACUAAGCAUGUCUUGUUUCAAUAACACCUUUUCAAGAAUGAUGACUACUAGGAGUGGAAAACAUGAUUUUAACUGCUUUUGGUUGUGUUGAAGUAGAUCUAAUGACUCAAAACUCAAAAUGACACAAAGGAAUUUUGACAGUAAUCCAUAAUACCUAAAUUUCUUAAAAUAUUUGGGAUAGGUGAUGCAUUCUUUUUCUAACUUUAGAAAAAUGUACUAGAAGUAUUUAUAUCCUGUCAGGAGGCCAAAGGAUGGUCGUGAUGGUUCGUUUUGAUUUCAGAGUGCAAAAAGAGGCAAUGAGAACUUAGUUCAAGUAAAAUCAAUUGUAUCUUUAUUGAUACACACAAUUAUGCGAUAGUAGAGAAGGGAAAAAGAGAGAGAGAGAAAAAAGAGGAAAAGAGUGGCAUAGCUACCGACUGAACAGACGUGAGUCCUCGUGACGCUGGUACCAAUAGACCACCUUCGCAGUCCUCGUGGCGCAGGCCAAUAGAUCCGUCGUCCGCUGGGGAGGCCUCAAAGUGUGAGUCGCAGGGGGAAGCUUUUAUAGUCAUUUCAGAAGCAGGGGGCACCCGGCCAAUGCAGGCAGAAGUGGGGGGCACCUGGCCAGCAUGGGGGGAGCACCCAAGAGUAACUGUGAGGAGGCCUGUUGCUCUGGGAAUCAGGUGCAACCAUUCAGAUCGGGCAGGUUUGGGGCAAGCAGGUCUGGGCUCUGCAGCAGGUACAGCACAGUCAGUCAAAGCAAACACGGCCAGGAACCAUGACAGUGUCCAUUGUUCAUGCACGGGUCCCUGAGGAGGGCGUCUUGGUCCAGUGGGUGCAGCUGCAGGGAGAAGCCUGGAUCUCUCCUCAAUCAGGCCAGAACUCCUGUGCUGUGGCCCAGGGUCCAUGGGGGUCUCAGCCUCUGACAGUCGUGAGGCAGAUGAGGGAUUUUCAGACCGACUCUUACAUAUCCUUAAUUAAUACUAAAACCUUUGGUUUGGCAAGGCCAGUUUCCUGCAUAAAGGCCGGCUGGAAGCAAGCAUAUGUGGUAGCACUGUGCAAGCCCCAGCUUUUACUCUUUAAAUAAAAUGUUAUGCACUGCACUGAGAACACAAGCUUUUUAAAGAUAUUAAAUGUAAUUUUAAUUUUCUUAAUGUGACACUGAUUGGGUUUUGAUGUCUGUUGGGCAAAGUGUAUUUGAUUUAGUGGCAUAUAAAAUUACAGUGUGUCCUGGUUUGACGGGAAGUGAGUUUUUUCAGGAUGCUGAGGUCAAAACAAUCAUUCGUCAGGUUUGAAUGUUGGCACCUUUGGUGGCCACUCAGGGGUUGGACACGCCUCAGAGGACACAAGGGGUUAAAAGCAGGGGCUGCCAGAAGGACUUCCUCUUUUCUGGCUCCGCUUUCGGAGAGGAGCAUCCUUCUCCUCUCCCCUGCCCAGCCUGGCCAGGCUGGAUGGGGGAGGGGAGCCAGGUUGGCCUGGCUGAGGUAGGCCCGGGCCCCAGGGGGGGAAAGAGAGAGAACGGGACUGGAGCUGAGCCAGCCCCAUCCAGGACGGAGAGGUGGAGAACUUUGGAGAUGCCUUCUGUCCCCCCAGUCCCGUCCCGUCUUCACCCCCCCAGGGGGAAGGUGCCGAGCUGCUGCUGCGUGUGGGAGCUGCUGGAGCCUGCCAGUGCCUGAGCCUGUGGCCUUGCCGAGAGAUAGAAGCUUUUAACUCUUUCUAAGGCAGAGGAGAACUGUUCUCAGACAUUGAAUUCUCAUGGUGGUUUCAGAAGAGAGAGGACAGCCUGGGACCGAGAUGGUAAAGCACGAUGGAAAAGACCCCCAGAUUGGCAGAGAUUGAAGAGGAGUGGCCUUUUGGGCUGAACUUUUCUUCCAUAAUGUUAGCCAUAGAUGGACCCUGGACCCUCCUGAGUAUAAAUAAGACUGUAUUUGGGUGGAUGCAUUUUGGCUCAAAACCAAAGACUUUGUGGCCUAUUCUUGGAACCCUCGGCCCCAGGGCAAUCAGUGGAGGGCCCUUUCAGAAUCCAUUCCGGCUAAAGCAGUUCCACUUCCACUGGGGGACCACACACAGCCAGGGAUCAGAGCACACCAUUGAUGGAAAGCCUUUUCCCUGUGAGCUCCACUUGGUACACUGGAAUGCCAGAAAAUAUGCAACAUUUGGAGAGGCAGCAGCAGCUCCAGAUGGCUUGGCAGUAGUUGGUGUUUUCUUGGAGAUUGGAAAAGAACAUGCCAGUAUGAACAGACUCACUGAUGCUUUGUACAUGGUAAAAUUUAAAGGAACAAAAGCCCAAUUUAGAGGCUUCAACCCUAAAUGUCUCCUGCCCUUGAGUCUAGAUUACUGGACAUACCUUGGUUCUCUUACAACCCCACCCCUUAAUGAGAGUGUGACAUGGAUAGUGCUGAAAGAACCCAUCAGAAUCUCUGUGAAACAGCUGGAGAAAUUCCACAUGCUGCUCUUCACUGGUGAGGAAGACCAGAGGAUCCAAAUGGCCAAUAACUUUCGUCCCCCUCAGCCUUUGAAGGGAAGAAUUGUUAGAGCUUCCUUCAAGGCCUGAAGAAAACUGAUAAUGGACCUGAGAUAUCCAAGAGCUUCCACAUGUGAGAUACUCUAAACAGAAACUCUAGUCUACAAACCACUCAUGGAACUCAAGAGACAGGCAUUUCCAUGAACCCUCUGGUUGGAGGGGGACAAUCUUCUGGCUUCCUAUUUUAUUUGAAGUGCCCAUUCUUUGGAGAAAUGGCAUCUUUUUAACCAGCACUAUUUUAUAUAAGGGAUAGAUGAGUGAACUAGGUUGUUAUCCAAGACCUGAAAUUCUGUAAAAUUAAAAUGACAUUAAAAUCCAACAUGAUAUAAAGUAGAAAGUUGUGUAGUGAUCUACUAGUGCUGAUGGCCACAACUUCUACUUGUCUCAUUUAAUACAUGAGGAAAUAAUAAUCAAGAAUUUUGGACAAAUUUGACUUAAAUUUUCCUUACUGAUCUGUUGUUACCAUUUGCUGAACUCUAAUUUAAAGACUGCUUUCACUGUAUUCUUGCUGCCUGAUGACACAGAGUGUAUGAGUAGCACUAGAAAAAAGUUCUUUACUCACCUCAAGUAGGCCCUGCUAUGAAAAUGAAAUAUAUAUUUUAAAUCUACUGUUCUAAGGCGUUAUCUUACAAUGAGAAGUAACAAUGUAAUGCUGUGUUGAAAAGCAGAGCAGUUUACUGCAAUGUUAUUUAGGUAUUUGUCCUUUCAGCCCAUGCAGAAUACAGGACCACAGUGCUCUGGUCAAGGUCAGUUUGGUUGAAGAGUUUCCUCUGUAGUGAUCCAGGUGUGUUUUGUGGUCCUCAGAUUCUACCUCAGCUCAGUGCUAUGCUCUGCAAUAUGACCUCCUUCAGUGUCUGCCCUACUGAGAGCAGGUAUUAUGUUUCCUUUAGGGACCUAACACAGGUAGAUCUUGUCUGCCCUGAGUGUGCAUUGCUGCACAGACCCUCCCUGUCCCAGGGCUGCCUGGCAGGGAUACUCCCUGCACACAUGAGGCUUCAGCACUCCUGAGUCCUUUUACCUCUGCAAAAGUUGCUUUAGAACAGCCACGUGUUGGUUCUGCAGCUUAGUGACAAAAUUCCUACUGGUUCUCAAUACUGUGAUGUUCUCUGCGACUUCCCAGUCAAUUCCCAGCUCCUUUAGUUCUGGGCCUCACGUGGCCUGUUCUGUCUGUGUAGUUCAGGUAGAAAUUGCUGAUGUUGAUCACUUUCCAUCAGCUGAGAUGGAGAAAUAAAGAUGUACAAGACCAAGGCAAGUGGGGAGAAGCGAGAACAGCAGUUGCUGUGGCUGCUCCCCUUUCUCCAGGGAAGGAUGACAUGAGACUGUGGAGCACAGCAUAAGGAGUGAAAAACUGGAAUUCUGCUCCUCAAAUCUCCAUGGUUUUUCUGGUACACUGACCUAAAACUUUUUUUCUCAAUUUCCUCUUAUGUAGAAAGAGGGUAACACUGACCUCUACCUCACAGGGCUGUUGUGAGGGCUAAUUCAGCUUUGUUGUAGAUGUGAGAUUCUUAUCCAGCAGAUGCUAAAGGCAAUGGAAAAUCCUUACAAAAUGUAAUGGUUUCAGCUAUUAUGAACUUCGCUAGUAAUGCAAACUGGUAUUGUAGAAACUCUAUUUAAUGUAUCUUAUUUAUUUCAUUUGUUAAAGAAAUUUAAACUAAAAUCACAUGUGCAUAUCUUCAUCCUUUAUUUUGAGAAGACGCACCUCUCCCUACUUACAGCAUUAUUUUUUCUUGGGAUUUUCAUUAUUAGAAAUUGAUGUUUUCAAUGGCUGCAUCUCUUUUGGAUCAAGGAAUGCUUUGAUUGUUUGUCUUUUGUUCUACAGAAACCUUGCCUGAGCUACUGUGGAAUGAUCUAAGUAAAGAUACAAGUUAACUCUCCCAAGUUUGUGGGCAUGUUUUUAAAUCCUAGAAAUUAUUUCUGACACCUCUUUUUAGUCUAUAUCACAGUUCUUACCAUCUUCUGGGAUUAACAGUUUCUGUUUCAGCUUAAUCCUUUCACUUAAGUUCUAACAUACUAUAUACCUUGAAUGACUUCUUGCCCAGAGUUAAAUUACUAUCAUAAAUCUUAUGUCCCUGCUAAAAUUUACAUGAAGAGAUGCAUUCUAAAAUGUAAAAAGUCUUUAAAAAACCUUUGCAUUUGGAUAGCCAGAAAAAAAAAAUUAGGGGCAAAUUUAAAAUACUUUGAUUAAAAUAUAACCAAUAUUAUUUACCAUAUGUACCAUAAUCAAGCUAUCCCAGUACUGCUGCAUUAAUAUUAGUACAGGUGUUCACAGAGCAGGUCAAGACGAUGAUUUUCAGUGUUUUCCUCUAAUUUUAGGCAUAGGGGUAGGUUUCUGCUCCCUGUCUCUCACAGGAGGUAAAGAGGGCUUAUGCACUGAAACUUUGUCCAGUUUUCCCCAGCUCCAAUGCCUCAAUCCAAAAGAAAAGUUUAUUUAUGCCCAGAACGUGUCUGUGCUGUGACCCUGCACACAGUACUUAAGCUUCUUAGAGGGUGGUUUAUUCAUGAACAGCAGGAGGAUAAUGUUUAGCUUACAUGGUUAUUGUAAAAGCUCAGACAUUGCAAAGAGCUUUAAAUGCUGCCUUGUCCCAAGGUGUUCAGUUCCAGGGAGAAACUAAACUGUACCUUCCUGCAGAAAUAAAUUUCAUUUUGCUUAUAAGGUUUUUUGGUUGUUUGGGCUUUUUGGGUUUUUUUGCAGCUGAUGGAUGGAAGAACAAGAUUUUUUUUUUACCACGGGGAAGUGAAAUAUAAAAGGAAGAGUUUUAUAUUCAUUGUUGUUUCUUGAGACCCUGAUCAUCCAAAAAAACCCCACAAAUAUUGUAUUGGAUAAACACCUAUUUAAUGCACUUCAUUUAUUUUGAGACUGAAGGAUUCUAAACAUGAGGUGUCCUUAUCUUUAAACAAAUUGUUGUGUUGAAGGAAAAAUGGGAGUCAACUGUAAUUAUUCCAGCAAGAAUUCACUUACCUUCUCCUGGGACUGCAGCUGUCCUGACUGAGAGAACAGAGGCCGCACAUUUAGGACAGUGACUGAAAAAGUCAGUGGUAAAAGCUGGAUUAAAAAUGCCAUCUAGUGGCUCUCCUACCCAUUCUUGCCACAAUGCUUAAAACAAUUGUUAAGGCCCAUUCAGUCAAAAUACAACAGAUGGGAGAAUUUAACUAUGACAAUAAUAACUUGUAAAGAUACGAGUGAUUGUUA